AUUUAAAUAUUAAACGGCCGCCCUCACCAAGAAUCUUCUGGCAAGAUGGAAGAUAUUUUUCAUCUUGCAAAGUCGAUUCACGAAACAUUUCAGUGCAUGUGCUACCUCAAUUAGCUCUUAUUUCUCUGCGAACAGAAACGAGAGCUGAAAUCUCAGCGGUGUGGAUCAUAUUUGUGUAUGUUCGGAGACAUGCAUUAUUUUUUAAACAAAACGUUUAGUUGCAAUGUGCAUUUUCCACACUAUGCGGCUCGCUUAUCCUGUUGCCCGACCUUUAAAGCGAGUGAACACACCGAAGGCGUCUUUAUAAAUCAGACCCUUCAGAAAUGAAUGGCGAAUUAUGUAUCAUGCGAUGUGUAGACCGGACAGUGGCGAUGUGCUUGCUAAAGUGGAUAUUUCAUCUUUAAAUUGAAUUAAACGGAAACCCAAGGAAAACUGCCACUAAACUUUCGACCAUAUCGAUUGCUUCUUUGCUUCUUAACGUGUCAUGGCCUUUUCUGUUGCUUUCCACCAAAACAGGCAGUUACUGGGAAAGGAAGGAUUGCUACCAAGCCAUCUGUAUUUAAGGAAGGUUCAACAAUAUGUUGGGGGUAAAGUUGGCAUUGAAGCUUUCAGUUAUGCACCAACACUUCUGUGGUUCCUGGAUUGGUCUGACAUGGACAUACAUCUAAACAAUAUUGCUUUGUUGGGAAUGGGACUAUCGGUGUUUGUAUUGGUCACGGGAUGUGCCAAUAUGAUUAUCAUGUUCAUCUUAUGGAUCCUGUAUCAUUCGUUGGUGAACAUCGGUCAGAUUUGGUACUCCUUUGGUUGGGAGUCUCAGUUGCUGGAAACUGGAUUCCUUGGAAUUUUCCUGUGCCCCUUGCUGACUCUCCGUUCCGUUCCACGUCAGACACUGCCAUCCAAAAUCGUCAUCUGGUCUUUCCGCUGGCUCAUAUUCCGCAUUAUGCUGGGAGCGGGGCUGAUUAAGAUCCGUGGAGAUAGAUGUUGGAAGCAUCUGACCUGCAUGAACUAUCAUUAUGAGACUCAGCCUGUGCCUAAUCCAAUUGCGUAUUACAUGCAUGGAUGUCCAUGGUGGUUCCACAGCUUUGAGGUUCUGGUCAACCAUUUUGUUGAGCUUAUUGUUCCGUUUUUCCUGCUUAUGGGGCGCCGGAUGUGUGCGAUCCACGGAAUUCUGCAGAUCCUUUUCCAGGUCUUACUCAUCGUCAGUGGGAACCUCAGCUUUUUGAACUGGUUGACUAUUGUUCCCAGUAUUGCCUGCUUUGAUGACUCCAAUCUGGCCUUUCUCUUCAGCUCACGACAAGGAAAGGUCAAAGACCAAGUAUCCAUGAUACAGGCUAAAGAGGCAAUGGGUCACAAACCACCUACUCAUUAUGGUGCCUAUGUCCGAAAGGUGCUGAAUAUCUCCUUUGGGGUCCUCAUCGCCUACCUCAGUCUCCCAGUGGUUGUCAACUUGCUCAGUUCAAAACAAAUGAUGAACACUUCCUUCAACCCACUUCGAAUUGUCAACACCUAUGGAGCCUUUGGAAGUAUUACAAAGGAACGGACUGAGGUCAUAGUUCAGGGGACAAUGAAUGAGGAUCCGAAUGACCCCAGUGCCAUGUGGGAGGAAUAUGAGUUCAAGUGUAAACCUGGUGAUCUGAAACGGAGACCAUGCAUUAUUACUCCGUACCAUUACCGUCUCGACUGGCUAAUGUGGUUUGCUGCGUUCCAGACCUAUGAACAAAACGAAUGGUUAAUCCAUCUGGCAGGGCGACUGCUGACGAAUGAUAGUCUUGCAAUGUCAUUAAUACAACACAAUCCAUUUGAAAGUCGAGGACCACCAAGAUGGGUAAGAGGAGAGCACUAUCGUUACAAGUUCAGCAGGCCGGGUGGCAGCCAUGCUGCAGAGGGGAAGUGGUGGAUUCGUAAACGGAUUGGUGUGUAUUUCCCACCCGUCAAUGUGGAAGGGCUGAAGAGAUAUUUCAAAGAGCGAGACUGGCCCAUUCGAGACAACCAGUGAAGCAACGUUUCCUUCAAGAACAAACAGCACUUGGUUUCCAGCGAAUACGUCAUGAUGCCACCUCAGGAAGCAAACAUAUCACCUCACGUCGCAAAGCAUGGUGACUAAUCUUCACCUGUCUACGAUACCUGCCAUUCCCCCAUUGUUACUACAGACGGAACAUAUUUCAAUCAAAUGCAGGUCCCAUUUGUGAUGUUUUCCAGCUGACUGUCUGGCAAGUUUUCCAACCCCAUUAUCUGCAUUGUUUCCAAGUUCCCAUGGAGUUAUCUGUAAGUCAGAUUUCCUUGCAAUUCGGCCCCACUUCUUGCCUUCCCUUCUGUCACAAAGAAGCAAGAGGCUGAGAGGAGAAAUUCCUUGCAUAUAUGAAAUGAGCUGUGUAGUCGCAGCAGUGCACAGAUGAUCCUCUGAUGAUCUAACGUGCCAUCAGUGUGUCUAGAGUCGUUCCCACUUAGUUUCCUAGAAUCUCUGACACCAUAUUAGACUUGAGGCUCUGUGUAGCUUCCUUCCCACCUUUGGUUCUAUUUGCCAGACAGUUUCCUGCUCUUCAUUAUGACCUGCAUCCAGUGGCGGACUGGCCAGGGUGUCAGCUUUCCCGAUGGCAAGUGGGCCCCUGAUGAAGUGGGCCCCCUAUAUCAAGUGGGCCCAUGAUGAAGUGGGCCCCCUUUGUCUCCUGGCAACCAAUAUUUUUAGACCCAGUCCGCCACUGCCUGCAUCCCACUUCAUAAAAGGCACAGCACAUUAGUUUGUCCUGAUCCAAGAUUAGGCCACUGCCCUGUUUAACUGCCAGCAAGUAGUGGGUACAUCAAUCGCCCAUUUCCUUGCUCACUCUCCUCUUUGCCCUGUUGCUGGUUCCAAAUGUGCCCCCCUUAAUCAUAUCCAGCCCACCCAAUACUUUAUCUGCUCCUUUAAUUACAUAAUUAAUCACUUUGCAAACUGUCUCCUGACAGUUCUGCCUUUCAAAUGGCAGAACUUUGCCCAAUUUAGUCAUCGCUUUUGUCACCAAUAAAAAUGAUCUCAAAAUGGCUUCAAAGUGUCUUAAUUAAAUAUAUAAUGAGACAAUACAAUGAAGCAGAAGAUUGACCGGUCUGGAGGCUGCAGCCACUUGAUGCUUUGAUCUAAUUUUAACCUUUCUUGUACUAAAUGUGAUGGUUCUAAUAUCAGUGAUUGUUAAUGUCGAUUCAUCUUUGUGGAAGAAAAUGGGCCGAAGAGCUGCUUUCCUGGAGCUUGUGUGAUAGUUUUGUGAAUGACCUCCUGGGCAAGCUGUAGCCCCAGCUCCUGGUGGAGAGUUUCCUGCCAUUCAAUCGACUCUAUUACUAAAAAUGAAUUUUGUAAUUUCUAAACUAAAUAAAGGCAUUGAUUGCCUGCCUCUGGUUAUUUCUGCAUUUAAAUAAUCAACCCUUAUAAUAAAAGUGUUUUUCAAUUACA